AAGAUGAAGAGGAAUUACUAUCAGAAAUAGAAGCUUUUCAGAUUGCUAUACAACAAAGAUUAGCAAGAAUAGAAUUGCCUUUAUGUUUUCCAAAACAAAUCUCAGUUCCUAAAAUUGAAAAUGAAGAAGUUGAAAUCUUCUAUCUAACUGCUAUGAAGGAUGUUGAAGAAACUUUUACAGAUAUACAAACUACAAUGGAUCUAUUCGAUUAUCAAGACAU